AUGGCGGCUCCUUUAACGCUACUUUUAAUAUUAGCUGUGACAAUAAGAGCGGGUUUAUUCCGAUCCAGUUUGGCAGAAUUAAUUUCAGAGAGGGUUGAGGUUGUGUCGCCUCUGAAUGCGUGGAAACGAGUUGUGGAGGGUCUUGCCUUGUUGGAUCUGGGAGUGUCACCUUACUCGGGAGAUGUGUUUCAUGAAACACCCCUUAUCAUAUACCUCUUUCAUUUUACAGUUGAUUAUGCAGAGAUUGUGUUCAUUAUAGCAGAUGGAAUCACAGCGGUGGCUCUCUAUCUGGCAAUUCAGACUUAUAACAAGAAUGUGUUUAGAAAACAGAAGUAUGCCUUGGAAUCAGACCGGUAUCCACAUGACUGUUUGGAGCUGCUACAUUCUCCCAAGGAGAUGCUCUACAUCCCUCUCAAAGUUGCCAUGUUUUACCUGUUAAACCCCUUCACCAUUCUGUCUUGUGUGGCAAAGUCAACUUGUGGACUAAACAAUGCGAUUAUUGCGGUCUUCAUUCUCUGUACAUUUAAAGGUAGUGCCUUGUUGAGUGGGAUAUUCUUGGCCUUAGCCACAUAUCAGUCUAUCUAUCCUCUGACGCUGUUUGCUCCUGCACUGCUGUUCCUCCUACAAAGGUUAUAUAUCCCAGUAAACCUGAGGAGGACUAGUUUCUGGUUUUUCACCACACAGUAUGCCUUCAUAUAUGUGGGCAGUCUGCUGGUGAUCACUGGCCUCUCAUUCUUUCUCCUUGGCUCCUGGGAUUUUAUUCCUUCUGUCUAUGGAUUCAUUCUCUCGGUUCCAGAUCUCACUCCUAACAUCGGACUCUUCUGGUAUUUCUUCGCUGAGAUGUUUGAGCACUUCCGUCUCUUCUUCAUCUGUGUCUUCCAGAUUAAUGUCUUUUUCUACACCAUCCCUCUAUCCAUCAAACUCAAGGAGCAUCCAGUGUUCCUAAUCUUCAUGCAGAUUGCCAUUAUCUCCAUCUUUAAAUCUUACCCCACCGUGGGAGAUGUUGCUCUCUACAUGGCGUUUCUGCCUGUCUGGAGUCACCUCUACAGAUUCUUAAGAAACAUCUUUCUAGUGUCAUGUGUGCUGUUGGUGUGCUCUGCACUCUUCCCUGUGCUCUGGCAUCUCUGGAUCUAUGCUGGCAGUGCCAACUCCAACUUCUACUACGCCAUAACUUUGCUCUUCAAUGUUGGACAGAUCCUACUGGUGUCUGACUAUUUCUACGCCUACCUGCGUCGAGAGCAUCACCUGACUCACGGCCUCUACCUUAAGAAGAAAGACGGCACUGAGGCCACACAUGUGUUAAAGUGACCUUCGGUCACUGGACUGAGAAACCUCACCGGCUGCCUCAAACUCAUAAUUUCUCUCCUUUUAUUUUGCUUUUUUUAUUUUCACAUUUUCUUUCUUUAUUUUUCUUUACCCUUUAUUCACUUUCGACUCCAUUUGCUUCCAAUAUCUUGUUCUGACUUUUUUCAAAACCAACUUUUUUCUUUUGCACAUUUGAGAGCUUUACCUCAUCUUUGGAUGUGGACACCCCCUCUUGGACCAAAGCAGUUUUGUUAAGGACUUUAUUUGAAGUAGAGGGCUGACUAAAUCUAUGUGUGUGAAUAAAGAACUCUACUAAAUCUAUGUUUCCAUGAAUGAGGGAAUUAAAAGGACAGAGGUCGGCAGAAAGUUUAUGCUAAGUUAUAAUUUUAGUUAUUGUUAUUUAAAUUUAGUUUAUUGUGUUGUUCUUUGAAAGUAUAAAUUUUCUUUUUUUAUAUUUAACUUAUUUUGGAUUUUGGUUGGACAUGCAGCUUGAAGUCAUGGUCAGCAGAGGGUGUAAUAUGAAUGUAAAAUGACAAUACUAACAUGGACUGCAAAAGGCUCAUACUGCAUAUGAGCUGUACCAUGCAGUGGAAAAGCCCCAUUGGGACUACCUGACAUGGAGCGCUGGAUAUGAAUGAAGGAGCAUCUUAAAAGAUAACCCACUGAAUAGGUGGAUUUCAAGAAAAUGUCCAGGUCAAAUUUCACCUCAAAAUAACUUUUUUGGGGGGGGGGGAAUUCAAAAUGACAAAUUGCAUUCUAGUCAUUGUAAAGCAGUUCGAUGGAAAGGUGGAGGCGAUAACUGGCUAGUCAAUAUAAAUAAUAUUUUAAUAAUAAACUUAAAAGACAAACACACACAUGACGGACAUGUCUGUAAACAAUCCCUCCCAAUCUCGCCCUUUAUCCCUCAAGGAGGCUUAAUUAGCCUGAUAAGGGACCGGGUGUGUAUAAUCACGACCCAACCCCGCCCUGUCACAAUCAUUUAAUCACCAUUGAGAAUAAUGGGAAUAAAUAAAUAAUAGUCCCUUAAAAAGUGAAACAUAAAGAGGAUUACGUAAAUAAGAAUUUUGGGGGGGAAUUGUCAUGACAAUAUAAUGUUACAAUGUAAAAACUCUUAAUGGUACUAAAAAAAGGUAUACUAUACAAUUUCGAAUAUUUUUGGAGUGAAAUGUAACCUGGAGAUUUACCCAAAUACGGUUCUCGCUUAGACUCAUCCACUGUAAAAUUAUUUGUUUUUGUUUUGCUUUUCGCCUGCCUAACAAUUAUGAAGUAUGUCUGAUGAAUGUGGGUUGCUUACAUUUUUUUAUUUGGUGCUUUUGUGUUCUUUGUUCUUUUCUUUAAUUCUUACAAAAUGAGGGAUUAACAUGCACUGACUUUUUAUUUAUUUUAACAUUGGCACACUUUUGAAUUAAGUUUACUGUUCUGUUUUAUUUAUGGUCUGAUUGGAAAGUAGCCACCUAGUUACUUUGGUAAGGAAGAAUGGCAAACUCCCAGCAAACUUUUGACCGAACUCCACAACACAAUGUGACGACAGUUAUUUUCAAAACCUUGAGUGAUUCUACCAAUUACACCGUUUUACGAUAGUCCCUCUUAUGGUCAGCCCUACCUAGAUGGAAUUUUCCAUUACCUGUAUCACUACCAGACUUUUCCUUUUCUCAUAUAAUCCGCCCUUUGGCCAAGGAGGAAGAGUUUAACAUCCGGAUGUCUGUUCAAGAUAUUGAGGUCACCUGUUCCAAAGUUUAGUGUGUUAAAGUUAUCAUUUUAAUCACAGAAGAUGUAGAUACCCAAGGUUUACCAACAAAUGCUCUAUGUUUUGAUAUUUGUAUUGUAUAUUACUUUAGCCCUAUAAGAUGGAAGAAUUUAAAUUGAAAAGCCUAUAUUCUCUUUACAAACAACAGCUGAACCAUCAUCAGUAUUUGUCUGUGCACUGAACAGGAAACCAUUUUGGCUAAUACAGCAUAUAGACUAAAGCUAUUGACCUUGAUAAUAUCACUAUAAAUAUAGAGCGGAAACAUGUGCUCUUCAACCAGAAAUAUUGUGAACUUGGAUAUUAAUGUGUGACUACUGAGAUUAUGCCUUUGCUUUGACUUUUUAUGUGUUUCAUAUUAGUCCUCAUUGUGGCCUUUCAUCAUUCUUUUGGAUUUUUUUGUAAAAAAAAAAAAAAAGUGUUGCACGGAUUGAAGUUGAAAAAUGUGAAACUCUUAGUACCAGAUAGGAAACAUUAGUAUGCAUGAUUAAGGGCUAAUCUCCUGCUCACAUAUGGAACUGCAGGGGAAUUUUGUUAAGUUCCUUUGAAACAUUAUGUGUCCAGGAAUUUUUUGAGUAACUAAUGACACCAGUUUGAAAAUGUGGACACUCAAGUAUUAUUCAUUACUUGACCUCUGAUGUACAUUACUCUAGAUCUAAUUUUGGACUGAGGGGGGAGUUUAGGCCAUUUAUGAUGUCAUGACACUAAUUUAAAACGAUUUGUGUAUUAUGUGUUGAU